AUUUUUUGAACCCGGAUUGUAUUGUGCCACGUCUGAGCCGCACCGGGUCCAUAGAAAGAAACGAGCGAGGUAAGAUGGCGGCUCAUUGGCUGAGAAGAUGCGCGGUCCUCGCCGCGCUCAGCGUCCUGAUAAGUGCUGCGUUUGCUCAGGAUGUGCAUCAUGGUCAUAGCCACGGGCAUCAGGGCCACAGUCAUGGUCAUCAUGGCCACAGUCAUGGUCAUCACGGCCACAGCCAUGAAGACCACCAUGGUCACGGCCACAGCCAUGAAGACCACCACGGCCACAGCCAUGAAGACCACCAUGGUCACGGCCACAGCCAUGAAGACCACCACGGCCACAGCCAUGAAGACGGCCACGGUCAUGAAGAUCUCCACCACGGUCAUGGUCAUGACGAUCUUACAGAAUUUAAGAACCGCUGGACCAUGGGAGAUGCCCCGUCUCGGGGAGCUGCAGAGGAACGUGCGAAGAGAGAAGCCCUACCGCCUUCCCCUCAUGACUCCAGAGAGAAGAUGGAGCCGGUGACGCUCUGGACCUAUGCGAUAUGUGCCACGCUGCUGAUCUCCGCCGCUCCUUUCUUCAUCCUCUUCCUGAUCCCGGUGCAGUCCAAUAGCAGCCAGCACCAGUCCCUGCUGAAGCUGCUGCUGAGCUUCGCCUCGGGGGGGCUGCUGGGAGAUGCCUUUCUGCAUCUUAUUCCCCACGCACUGGAGCCGCACUCUCACCACCAGCCUGACGAAGAGGCUCAUGGCUCUCAUGGACACGGACACUCUCACGAUCACAGUCAUGCCCACAUGAUGUCUGUCGGUCUGUGGGUGCUGGCGGGAAUCAUCGCUUUCCUUGUGGUCGAGAAGUUUGUGCGACAUCUGAAGGGUCAGGACGGCCACGGCCACAGUCACGAAUCCAAGCCGAACUCGGCCAAGGAGAAGGAAGAGAAGCAAGAUGGGAAAGACGGAGUGAGACAGAGAAGCAAGGAGGCGAGCACCAAGAGCGGCAAGUCCGGCAAAGAGAAGCCUCGCACAGACAUGACCGUCUCUGGGUACCUGAACCUCGCUGCCGACUUCACACAUAAUUUCACGGACGGUCUGGCGAUCGGAGCCUCUUUCUUGGUCAGCAGCAGCGUCGGAAUCGUCACCACCAUCACCAUCCUCCUCCACGAGGUGCCGCACGAGAUCGGAGACUUCGCUAUUCUGGUGCAGAGCGGCUGCACGAAGAGGAAGGCCAUGAUGCUACAGCUCAGCACCGCUCUUGGCGCUCUCGCCGGCACGGCCUGCUCUCUCCUGGCGGAGGGAAUCGGUGAAGCCGCCACCUUGUGGAUCCUUCCAUUCACCGCAGGUGGUUUCAUCUACAUUGCGACCGUCUCCGUCAUCCCGGAGCUCCUGAAGGACUCUCGCCCCGUGCAGUCCGUCAUGGAGACUUUUGGCCUGCUCCUGGGCGUUGCCAUGAUGGUUCUGAUUGCACAGUUUGAGUAGAAGAUGCUCUGUAUGGUGAAGCGGGGGCCCGUGCUGAGACGCAAGUCUACUGUCAGCAGAAGGGUACUGGGCAACGGUGGCAUCCUGUGCUGUAGAGGAGGUCAUGUGACUGCCGAGACGUCCUUAUUCUGGACACACAGUGAUGCCGCAGUCUGAGAUCACGGCUCUCUCCACUUCAUUGUCUUUUUUUUGUUUUUGUUUUUUUUUUAUUGGGCUCAAUUUUUUUGUUUUUGGACCAAACUACAAUGUACUGAGGAAAGGCUCCCCUCCCCCGUUGACACUUACUGGUCAUUUUACUGUGGGCUCCCCAUUUCGUGCAUUAUUUUAUACCAGUAGAAUAUCUUGUGAUAACUCAAUAGGUCAGAAUCCCUUUCCUUCGGUCCAUCUGGUUUAUCUUGUAAUCACAUAUUGCAGCAGCACCAGUGUGGACUAGGAGGACUUAGAGGAGAAGUGGUGGGGGGACAUUCGUCCUGUUCUUUGUAUAUAAUUAGGGAAUACAGUGGUGGUCUGUACUAUGAAAACGCACUACGGUGCAGUCUGUCCGCUGUCAUCAAGAUAGAACACUGCCCGGUAGUCACACUGUCCUCUUCAGUCUAGACAUCGUGCAGAGCGGCAGCGCCAUCUAGUGUGUAGGCUAGAUGGCUGCACUCAUGCACUUCUGACUCUCCGUAUCUAAGUGCUUUCUUUGGGCUGCUGGAAGCUUUCACUUUGGGUCCUUGGAGAUUUUUCUCCAUAUUUUUUAAGUAACAGAAAUAAAAGAGUGACAAUCUG